AUGACUCUGGGGAAGGAGGACUCAGGACGACGUCAGAAGUUGCAACAUGUUUGUAAGGAGGAAGCAGUUCUUGCUGAGCACCAGCAAAUUAAAGAAGAACACGAGGAUCGAGACCCUCCACAGAUUAAAGCGGAACAGGGUGAACUCUGCACUGGUCUGAACCAGAACCAGGACAACUCUGAGCCUCCGCUGAUUAAAGAGGAACAGGACCAACUCUGCACUGGUCUGAGCCAGGAGGACCCAGAACCUCCACAGUUGAAAGAGGAACACGACCAACUCAGCACCAGUGAGAAACCAUAUCUGUGUAAGACUUGUGGGAAAAGAUUUAGUGACUUGUCAGCCCACAGGAGUCAUACAAGAAUCCACACAUUUGAGAAAUCAUACCUUUGCAACACAUGUGGAAAAACAUUUAGUGAUUUAUCAUCAUUCAAGCCUCAUACAGGAAUUCACACAGGUAUUAAAAUCAUUGAUGGUUAUCAGUACAUUGAACCAUGUGAACCUCAUGCUGUGAACCAAUGA